AUGACCUCGCUGGGCUUCAAUGCACCCAACAGGCAGGACUGGGAGGUCGAGGACUUCCCGAUUCUGUGCCAGACGUGUCUUGGAGAAAACCCGUAUGUCCGGAUGACCAAAGAAAAGUACGGGAAGGAAUGCAAGAUCUGUGCCAGACCAUUCACAGUAUUUCGCUGGUGUCCUGGAGUUUGCAUGCGUUUCAAGAAAACCCAAGUGUGCCAGACCUGCAGCCAACUAAAGAACGUCUGUCAGACCUGCCUGUUGGGCCUGAGGUACGGCCUGCCCGUCCAGGUUCGUGACGCAGGGCUGUCAUUGAAGGAGGAUCUGCCCAAGUCAGAAGUUAACAAGGAGUACCACAUGCAGAAUGUGGGGAGAGAGAUUUCUAACUCAGAUGGAACAGGGCCUGUCGGCGUGCUCAGGAAACCCGCCGGCCCCAGGAAUACGCUUCUCAAGCUGGCACGAACGAAACCUUAUUACAAAAGAAAUCGCCCCCGUAUCUGCUCCUUCUGGGUGAAAGGAGAGUGUAAGAGAGGAGAGGAGUGUCCGUACCGACACGAGAAGCCCACAGGUCCAGAUGACCCCCUUGCUCAUCAGAAUAUUCAAGACCGGUACUAUGGGGUCCAGGACCCUGUGGCAAACAAACUGUUAACACGGGCAUCAACGAUGCCCAGUCUGGACCCGCCCGAGGAUAAGACUAUCACCACAUUCUAUGUGGGUGGUCUGGGAGACGCCGUGACUGCGACAGAUCUGAGGGAUCGUUUCUCUCAGUUUGGAGAGACCCGGGCGGUGACUGUCUCACAGAGACUGCAGUGUGCUCUUGUUCAGUUUGUCACCAGGCAGGCUGCAGAGGUGGCUGCUGACGUGUCCUUUAAGAAGCUGAUCGUCAACGGCCGGAGGCUCCACGUGAGGUGGGGAAAGGACAAGGGUGGAGCCACAGGUGCUGGGAUCGAGCUAGAGCCUGUCCCGGGGCUGCCAGGAACACUUCCUCCUCCUCUUCCUGCAGAAAAAGAAUCCUCUGCCAGCUACUUCAACCCACCCCCAGGUGGUCCUCUAGCUGUGGUGAACAUCACCUCUCCCCCCCCCCCGCUUUUGGGGCCACACCUGUUCCACCCGAUGGGACCACUCCCUCCUUUCAUGAGGGCUCCAGGACCAAUCCAUUAUCCUGCUCAGGACCCUCAGAGGAUGGGAGCUCAGCCUUGA